AUGGCUGGACUUGGACCCUCGAUAGAGCUAUACACGUCGCAGACGCCGAAUGGAAUCAAAGUAGUGGCCACCUUAGAGGAGUUGGGGUUGCCAUAUAAUCUACAUAAAAUCGACAUCUUGAAGAACACCCAGAAAGAACCGUGGUAUUCUGCAAUCAACCCAAAUGAGCGCAUACCUGCGCUGACGGACACCUUUACGGACGGCCAAGCAAUACGUUUGUUUGAGUCCGGUGCCAUUCAGAAAUAUCUAGUCGAGCGGUAUGACAGGGAGUACAAUAUUUCAUAUCCUCCGGGCACGCGCGAGUAUCAUGAGAUGAACUGCUGGUUGUUUUUCCUCAACGCUGGCGUUGGACCGAUGCAAGGGCAGGCGACACACUUCCGUCUGUAUGCUCCUGAAAAGCUCGAGUAUCCGAACUUUCGAUAUCACAAUGAGUGUCGUCGACUCUACCGGAUACUCAACUCCCAUUUACAGUCUAGUGUCUCUGGUUACCUUGUUGGAAACCAUUGCUGCAUAGCCGACAUUGCACAUUAUGGUUGGAUUGCGUGUUCUGCAUGGUCUGGUGUUGAUAUUGAAGAAUUCCCGAAGCUCAAACAAUGGAGGGAGAGGAUGGAAUGCCGACCCGCGAUUCAAAAAGCAAGAACCGUGCCUGACCCUUGGCCCUUCCAAGACCUUCCCAAGGAUGACGGAGCCUCAGCGCGAUUCACCAAACCUGGAAGAGAUUGGUUUCUGAAAGUCAUUAGCCACGAUAUGAAGAGCUAUAAUGGCGAUAGAUCUUGA